UGGUUUAGAUCGAUCGUCUGUUGUGCAUAAGUAUACGGUCGGUUUUUCCUCCAGUCAGCGACAUAGGACAUAGAUCUCUCCGACCUGUUCAAUCACGGACGGCCCAGCGGAAUGGAUGCGGAUAUCCCUCUACUUCAGGGCGACAUCGAAACGAUGCAGACGUAUUUUGCCGAGCGAAAACAGCGGACGACCAGACUUUACCAGACUGCCAAACUGGCCGGGUUUCUGUGUACGAUUUUGUUCCUGACUUUCAUUCAAUUCGUGUACUUUGGAGUGAUAAUGAAGAUAUGGGGCCCGGAGAAAGCCGACGUGGACAGGGAAGCCUGCACGUGCAAGUGCUGGGACACCGUGUUCAAAGGCACGUACGAAAUGGGAGUCGGUCGCUACAAGCACGUCUACUUCAACGUGACGGCUCAGACGUUCAAAAUGUGGGGCCUGACAGUUGUCGCCGUAAUAAUGACGUACGAGUGCAUUAGUUAUGUCGUCCGCAUCGCCCUCUGUGGGAGAAUCAGAUACACCAUGCUGGCGCUGUUAUUUGCCGUCAUUCACCCGCACUACUACUCGUGGUGGAUGUUCUUUGGGUAUUACAACGACGACUUUUACGUCCAGUGGUACCACCAGCUGCUCUUCACCGUCACCGAGCUUCUCUCCACCGCCCUGGUGUUGAGUAUGUUGGACAGAGGAGUCAAACCUUCUCCCAGGAAGCUCUACACCAUCGCUUCUAUCGCUCUUCUGCACAUCCUAGCAGGAGGCAUGGACCAGUUCGUUACCAACGUUUUGUUAGGGCGCGGGAUGUUUCACCAGGUUACCCGGGACAUAGCCUUCUUCUCCUCCGAUGUCGUCUACCUGCUCGUGGCCUGGGCUGAGCUGGCGAUGCUGUGCGUGCGGGAGAACAUUCCAGCAUCUCUAUUAAUCAUGUCACUGAAACGAGACAUAAUGACUUCAGUAGUUGUCAUAAGCGGUCUGCUAUUGAUUCUGUCAUACAUCUAAACGUACACCGGCAUCUGUUAAUGUAAGAACAUUAUUCACUGCCAGUGGUGUGUUACGGGGGCGAAGAUAAUACUUGUGAACAUUCAUUGAACACCAAGUUGUGAUGUAAUUAUUUAUAGUUUUAACAAAAAUUACACAGCGACUUUACUCAUGUCAUGUUUCUGUUUAUUAUACGCUUCUGUUUGGUUCAGGUAGAUGGAGGCUUGAUGUACUUGCCUUUUUUGUUUGACGUUAACGAUCGAAACGAACAGCAAGCGUCUUUAUCAUGUUUAUUACGCUGAUAUGUCGUUCUAUACAUUAGCAGGGAUAGAAAUCCCUUUUCUGCAUUCAUUUACCUAGUAGUUUACAGCUGCACCACUCAGGAUAAUACUAAAACUGUCCAGAAACCAUUGCCAUUUUUCUUCUAUACUUCUCAAGUGGUAACACCUACAUGAAUAUAUAUAUAAAGCCACAUAUAAACAUGCAUAUGGCCCAGUGCAUUCCUGCAAGCUCCAAUUUUACCUGCACUGCCAGUGCAGGUGGUAUUUCGAUCCCCGCAUUAGACAUAACGUCGAUUUUGUGACAACAGAGAGGCACUUGGUAUUUCACUCCCGUGUUCCGGUUCUUGAGGGAGGUGCCGGGCUGUUCGUCAUCUUGACAAGCGGCUCCAGGUGUACAUGUGCACGGGCUAAGAAAUAAUUCAAGACGUUUUAACCAGAGACAACGCGAAAACGCACAAAAUCAUGUUUUGGCACCUGAACAUAGUCGGACAGCUGUUCUAAUAUUAUGAGUUGGCCCUCGCACAAUUCCGUGGAUAAGUAGUUUCGAGCGUUCCAGCAGUAUUUUGGC